GGUAUUCCUGUCCGGAGAAGACUUCUCGGUCUUCCAAUGUGAAAACAUCAGUGAACCCUCAUGUAGUGAUUGGGACUAGAUUCAGCUGCAUAUAAUUUAAAAACAAAAAGCAUGAGCGACUUCAUACAAGUUUAUUUCUCUCUCUAAUAGAAAAGGACUGGAGAUAAUUAGUCCAUCCUUGAUGGCUGCUGAAGCUCCAGUUAUCACAUGCAAAAUGUGGACAAAAGGCAGAGGAACAAAAAGAGGCUUAUCCCAGUUCAGUCACCUCCUUUUGAGCAACCUCUCCAAAAAUCACUUAGUCUCACUCUGUUGCCCAGGCUGGAGUGCUGUGGUAUGAUAUUGGCUCACUACAACCUUUGCUUCCUGGGUUUAAGCAAUUCUCCAGCCUCAGCCUUCUGAGUAGCUGGGACCACAGGCGCACACCACCAUGCCCGGCUAAUUUUUUGUAUUUUUAGUAGAGAUGGGGUUUCACUGUGUUGCCCAGGCUAGUCUCCAGCUCCUGAGCUCAAAGCGAUCCACCUGCCUCAGCCUCCCAAAGUGCUGGGAUCACAGGCUUGAGCCACCGUGUCUGGCCAGCUUCUUUUUAGCACUGAAUAAUAUUCCAUUGUCUGCAUAUACCACAGCAAAAGAAAUAUCUGUUAAAGGACUGUUAUCCAAAAUACAGAAAGAACUCUUAAAACUCAGAAAUAAGGAAACAACCCGAUUCAAACAUGAGCCAAAGACCUUGACAGACACCUCAUUAAAGAAGAUGUACAGAUGGAAAAUAAGCAUAUGAAAAGAUGCUCCACACCAUAUCCCAUCAGGGAAAUUGCAAAUUAAAACAACUGUGAGAUGCCACUACACAUCUAUUAGAAUGACCAAAAUCCAGAACACUGACACAUCAAAUUCUGGUAUGGAUGUGGAACAACAGGAGCUCUCAUUCAUUGCUGGUGGGAAUGCAAAAUGAUACAGCCACUUUGGAUGACAGUUUGGUAGUUUCGUACAAAAUUAAACAUACUCUUACCAUGUGAUCCAGCAAUCGCCCUCCUUAGUGUUUACCCAAAGGAGCUGAAAACCAGUGUCUACACAGAAGUUUGCACACAGAUGUUUAUAGCGGCUUUAUUCAUAAUUGCCAAAACUCAGUAGGUAAAUGAAUAAAUAAUGGGUCUGUUUUUUAAAGAGUUUUUUUAUAUUUUUACUAUUGAACAUCUUUUCACAUGUUAAUUUGUCACUUAUCUUGUGUGUAGUAAUGUUCAUAUCCUUUACUAAUUUUUCUACUAAAGUCUCCUUUUAAACAGAAGUGCCCUUAAAAAUCAAAUAGGGAACUUGCAUUUCAGCAUUUUAAAUGCACGUGUCCUUUGGCUGAUCAGGUCUAAUAUGUGGCAUUUAUCCUAGAAAUAUAUUCUUAAAAGAAUGUAAAGGUAUUGAAUGGUGUUCCCUCUAGCAUUGCUUUUAAAGAAAAAAUAUAACCUAAGUAUGCAUCAAUAGGAUAGUUAAGUAAAUUAUGGAACACCCAUACAAUAUUACUUAGCUGUUAAAGAAUAAGCUGAUCUGUGAAGAUCUCCAAGCUGUCUUAACCGAAAAGAGCUAAGGUGCAAAAUUACAUUAUGAUACCAUAAGUGUUUUAAAAUGUAUAAAUACUUAUUCACUAAACAAAAUGUUCAUUAAGUGCUACUGUGUGGCAGGUAGUGUCCUAGAUAAAUAUGAACAAAAUACAAUGGUUAACUCUAAAGAGGGGACACUUUUCGUUUUAUGGUCCUUUUGCAACUUGACUUUUUUAUUGUACAUAUAUUAUGUACACUUAAAGAAAAUAAUUUGUACAGCUUACUAUAAUGGUCUUUUUAUUGAUCUGUCUCUCCUACCAGCCAGUGAUGACUCCGAAGACAGACAUUUACCACUGUGUUGGUUUUCAAUCGAAAUGAUGUACAUAAAUUUGGGGUGUGCUUGCACCGUCCGAAUGGGCCUGGGGUCCGGCGGCGGAGAGCGACCUGGGCGGGGCGGGAGCUGGCAGCGGGGGUCCUCCCGGCUCACCAGAGAGACGAGCGGCCGUGCUCCUAGAGAGGCAGGGAACCCGCCAGACUCCGCCACUCCGCUGCGGGUGCGGCGCAGGGAGAAGCUUUUGUGCCCGCCCAGCUGCUGGAGGCGCCGGCAGCGCCCGCCAGACCCGCCAGCCCAGCGGCCCGGGCUCUGGGGAAACCGGCGCUCCCGACAGGGGAGCACCGGGCCUCUGAGCUCCCUUGGGAGCCUUUCACGAGGUCAGCUACGUCUUUGUUGUGCGCGUUCCUGAACUUUUGGUCCAUUAACCAACAAUUAGACACGCCGGUAUUCAGUGCCUGGCGCGGUGCUAGAUGCUGGGUGUAAUCUCAGAAAAAUACAUUCAGGGGCGCGCCUGAGGGUGCUGGCUGCUGGCAUCUCAGGUGCUUUACAUGCAUUCGUGAAGAAGCCCAUCAGUAUUUGUUGAAUACCAGAUCUCUAUUUCUGAAUAUAGACCCCAAGCUAAGUGAAGCUUUAGCCUCUAAGCUCAACAUGUAUGAAGCUUUGCCAGGCCCUGCUCCUGAAAAUGAAGAUGGCCUUGUGAAAGUGAAGGAGGAAGAUCCCACCUGGGAGCAGGUGUGCAACUCACAAGAGGGCAGCUCCCACACUCAGGAGAUUUGCCGCCUGCGCUUUCGGCACUUCUGCUACCAGGAGGCUCACGGACCCCAGGAAGCUCUGGCCCAACUCCGAGAACUUUGUCAUCAAUGGCUGAGACCGGAGAUGCACACCAAGGAACAGAUAAUGGAACUGCUGGUGCUGGAGCAGUUCCUGACCAUCCUGCCCAAGGAGCUCCAGCCCUGUGUGAAGAUAUAUCCUCUGGAGAGUGGAGAGGAGGCAGUGACAGUGCUGGAGAAUCUAGAGACAGGAAGUGGAGACACAGGACAACAGGCCUCUGUCUAUAUUCAGGGACAGGACAUGCACCCAAUGGUGGCAGAAUAUCAAGGAGUCUCUUUGGAGUGUCAGAGCCUCCAGCUCCUGCCUGGGAUAACCACCCUGAAGUGUGAACCUCCACAGCGUCCUCAAGGGAACCCCCAAGAAGUGAGUGGGCCUGUUCCCCACGGAUCAGCUCAUCUCCAGGAAAAAAACCCCAGAGACAAGGCUGUAGUGCCUGUGUUUAACCCAGUCAGGUCCCAGACAUUGGUGAAGACUGAGGAAGAAACAGCCCAGGCCGUUGCUGCAGAGAGGUGGUCACAUCUGAGUCUGACUCGGAGGAACCUCUGUGGGAACUCAGCUCAGGAGACAGUUAUGAGCCUCAGUCCGAUGACUGAAGAAAUUGUAACUAAAGAUAGAUUGUUUAAAGCAAAGCAAGAAACUUCUGAAGAAAUGGAACAAAGUGGAGAAGCCUCAGGAAAGCCCAACAGAGAGUGUGCACCCCAGAUUCCUUGUAGUACUCCUAUUGCUACUGAAAGGACAGUUGCACAUUUGAACACUCUAAAGGACCGUCACCCAGGUGAUUUGUGGGCCCGCAUGCACAUCUCAUCCUUGGAAUAUGCUGCAGGAGACAUUACCCGAAAAGGGAGAAAAAAAGACAAAGCUCGAGUGAGUGAACUGCUCCAAGGCCUCUCAUUCUCUGGUGACUCAGAUGUGGAAAAAGAUAAUGAGCCUGAGAUCCAGCCUGCUCAAAAGAAGUUAAAGGUAUCAUGUUUCCCAGAAAAGAGUUGGACCAAAAGAGACAUUAAACCCAAUUUUCCAAGCUGGUCAGCACUGGAUUCUGGACUUUUGAAUCUCAAGAGCGAAAAGUUGAACCCAGUAGAGCUUUUUGAAUUAUUUUUUGAUGAUGAAACAUUCAACUUAAUUGUCAAUGAAACCAAUAAUUAUGCUUCUCAGAAAAAUGUCAGCUUGGAAGUCACAGUUCAGGAAAUGAGGUGUGUGUUUGGUGUCUUACUUUUGAGUGGAUUUAUGAGGCAUCCUAGAAGGGAAAUGUAUUGGGAAAUCUCUGACACCGAUCAGAACCUGGUUAGAGAUGCAAUCAGAAGGGACAGAUUUGAAUUGAUUUUCUCAAACCUGCACUUUGCAGAUAAUGGCCACCUAGAUCAAAAAGAUAAGUUUACAAAGUUGAGACCUCUCAUAAAACAAAUGAAUAAAAAUUUCCUCUUGUAUGCUCCCCUGGAAGAAUACUAUUGCUUUGAUAAGUCAAUGUGUGAAUGCUUUGAUAGUGACCAAUUCCUGAAUGGAAAGCCUAUUAGAAUUGGCUAUAAAAUUUGGUGUGGUACAACCACACAGGGUUAUCUGGUUUGGUUUGAACCCUAUCAAGAAGAAUCAACUACGAAGGUAGAUGAGGAUCCUGAUCUUGGGUUAGGUGGAAAUCUAGUGAUGAACUUCGCUGAUGUUCUUUUAGAGAGAGGUCAGUAUCCCUAUCACCUGUGUUUUGAUAGCUUCUUUACAAGUGUCAAAUUGUUGUCAGCCUUGAAGAAGAAGGGGGUGAGGGCAACAGGAACAAUUCGUGAGAACAGGACCGAAAAAUGUCCCCUUAUGAAUGUAGAACAUAUGAAAAAAAUGAAGAGAGGGUAUUUUGAUUUCCGAGUAGAAGAAAACAAUGAGAUAAUUUUGUGUCGUUGGUAUGGGGAUGGCAUUAUCAGUCUGUGCUCCAAUGCUGUGGGCAUAGAACCAGUCAAUGAGGUAAGCUGUUGUGAUGCUGAUAACGAAGAAAUCCCUCAGAUAAGUCAACCAUCCAUAGUAAAAGUGUAUGAUGAAUGCAAGGAAGGUGUAGCUAAAAUGGAUCAAAUUAUUUCGAAAUACAGGGUGAGGAUAAGAAGCAAGAAAUGGUACUCAAUUUUGGUGAGCUACAUGAUUGAUGUAGCCAUGAACAAUGCAUGGCAACUACACAGAGCCUGUAACCCAGGUGCUUCUCUAGACCCCUUGGAUUUUCGGAGAUUUGUUGCACAUUUCUACUUGGAACACAAUGCUGAUCUGUCAGAUUAGGGUACAUAAAAUGGACAUAGUGCAGACAUUAAUAAGACAUAGAAAAAUAAUAAUUAUACAUGCUGUUGUACCCUCCCAAAGUAAAUCUGAUAUAUGUAAUGAAGUUAUUAAAUAAUACUUUUAAAAAUCAGACAUUUAUAUAGAGUUUCAAAGACUAUUGUAAGAAGUAAUGUUAAAAAUUGUCUGUGAAAAUCUUGAACUGUAGUACCUUUCUCUAUAUCAAAUUUUGUGUCAGACAUGGGAAAUCAUGUAUUUGUUCAAUUGA